AUGCAGUUACACACCACAGACGAGCUCCCAAGUGCACCGCUCCAAGUCUCCUCCGAACUGCCAGCCUGCAAGUCCGAGGAGGCCCACAUGGCGAAAUUCCACGUCGUCGAGCCCUCGCAAUCUCGCCAGCAGAGCCGCAUUCCGCCGGAGCCGCUUCCAUUCUGCUCGCUGCUGCGUGGGCCCAGCUGCUUCUGGCGUGGCCUCAUGCAUCCAUGCCCCGCUGCACCCUCUCACCAACAGUCGUCUUCGUGUGCCAGCGCAACCCACCCGCCAUGCGCGUCGCAAUUUGGCACGCUGCCGCCAUUGGCUGCGUGGCACUCGACUUUGCCAGUUCACGCUGCAACUAAUCGUCCGCGACCACAUAUCGUGGCCAGCAUCGGGCACCAUGGCGAGCAAGCACUUCUGCAAGCUGCUGCAUCCGCACCGCGGCCGCCUGUUCACCACGCAAACCUAGGUGGAUAA